CGAGCACACAAGGAAGCAUACCUGAACAAAAUGGACAGCGCAGCUUCAAGCUCACCAGGAGAUGUCAACCCUGUGGUCUUCUUUGAUAUAGCAUUAGGAGGUAUGUGUGUCAGGCAGAUGUCCAUUUCUUUCCAUCUAUUUCUUGUUACAAUGUACGACCGGGUGAUCAAUUACAUCUACCAUUGACACCAAGGAGUUUCUUCCACAAUGUCGAACCACGACCAUGGCGCGAUUGUUGGCCCUUUGGGAAUCGGGGUCAUUUCAAGUCAUUGCAAACCGCGAAAAGAUAGUAGCUGAGUUUUCCAUAUUACAGGGGAGCCUCUAGGUCGUAUAAAAAUGGAAUUAUUUGCCAAUAUCACACCCCGAACAGCGGAGAAUUUCCGCCAGUUUUGUACAGGUGAAAGUAAGAAUGCCCAGGGACGGCCACAGGGCUACAAAAACAGCAAAUUCCAUCGAGUAAUCAAGGACUUCAUGAUUCAAGGUGGUGAUUUUGUUAAUGGGGAUGGGACAGGAUCUUGCACUAUUUAUGGUACUCCAAGGUUCUCGGACGAAAACUUUUUCUUGAAGCAUGACGAGGCUGGCUUGCUUAGUAUGGCAAAUUCCGGUCCGAACACGAAUGGCUGCCAAUUCUUUAUAACAACCACCGCAACUCCAUUUUUGAACGGGAAGCAUGUCGUUUUUGGCAAAGUGCUGGAGGGAAUGGACGUCGUUCGAAUGAUUGAGAACACUAGGACGAUAAGGGAUAAGCCCAACCAAGACAUUUCAAUUAUUCAAUGUGGAGAGAUGUGAUGCAUGGAGAUUUGGGAAUGGUAUGUUAUGAAGAGACUCCACUGAUAGGAAAGAUCUGUAAAGCAAAGAUGGGGCAUGAUUUACUGGUACGGAUAAAUGGCAUAUAAUUUUUUAUAUAAAACGUACUGUCACUGAGAG